AUGCUCACCAGUAAGGCGGGGAGUUCUGCAGCAGGUAUUAUCUGUCCCUCUUCCUCUCCAGCAGGGGCAGGGUUCUUCUUUGUUGGCAAGAAGGACGGAUCACUAAGACCUUGCAUUGAUUACCGGGGCCUCAAUGAAGUCACUGUUAAGAACAGAUAUCCUCUGCCCUUGAUGUCCUCUGCAUUUGAACUGUUACAGGGGGCCACAGUGUUUUCCAAAUUGGACCUUCGCAACGCCUAUCACUUGGUGCGAAUCAGGGAGGAAGAUGAAUGGAAGACGGCAUUUAACACACCCACAGGGCACUAUGAGUACCUCGUAAUGCCCUUUGGACUUACCAACGUGCCAGCUGUCUUCCAGACCCUUGUCAAUGAUGUGCUGAGAGACAUGGUAAACAAGUUUGUCUUUGUUUAUUUGGAUGAUAUCCUAAUUUUUUCCAGGUCUCUUCGUGACCAUGUUCAGCAUGUCCGGUUAGUCCUCCAGCGGUUACUAGAGAACCAACUGUAUGUAAAAGCAGAGAAGUGCAAGUUCCAUCAACGCUCCACAUCCUUUUUGGGCUUUGUUGUCUCUGAAGGUGGUAUUGAGAUGGACUCCUCGAAGAUCAAGGCAGUUAUUGAUUGGCCUACCCCCCAGUCCCGCAAGGAUCUGCAGAAGUUUCUGGGUUUUGCUAAUUUCUACCGGAGAUUUAUCCGUGACUACAGUUCUAUUGCCUCCCCUCUGACUGCUCUGACGUCAUCCUCAGUCAGGUUUUGCUGGUGGGAAGGGGCAGAGAAGGCUUUCCAGCAGCUCAAGAGGCGUUUCACCUCUGCUCCCAUUCUGAUCAUGCCGGAUCCGUCAUGUCAGUUCAUUGUUGAAGUGGAUGCCUCGGAGGUAGGGGCUGGAGCUGUCCUAUCCCAGAGAUCCAAGAAGAAGAAUAAGUUGCACCCUUGUGCUUUUUUCUCCCACAAGUUGACACCUGCUGAGAGGAACUACGAUGUGGGGGGCUGAGAACUUCUGGUGGUCAAGCUCACUCUUGAGGAAUGGCAUCACUGGCUAGAGGGGUCUGAGGUUCCUUUCCUUGUGUGGACGGACCAUAGGAACCUGGAAUAUUUGAAGUCUGUGAAACGACUCAAUGCACGCCAGGCCAGGUGGUCUCUUUUCUUUAGAUUCAAUUUUACUUUGUCUUUCCGUCCAGGUUCUAAGAAUGCUAAACCUGAUUCUCUCUCUAGACAGUUUAGAGUUCCUGAUGCUACUCCAGCCCCUAACACCAUUUUGCCUCCUCACUGUUUAGUUUUGGAGUGGGGUCACUGUUCCCGACUGACCUGCCAUGCCGGAGUUAGGAGGACUAUGGCGUUUCUUCAGCAACAGUUUUGGUGGCCCCGAAUGGUUGCAGAUGUCCGAGCCUUCAUCGCUGCCUGUCAGGUCUACGCCCGGAACAAGAGCUCUAAUCAACCACCCAUUGGACUCCUCCAGCCACUCCCGGAAUUCUGUAGGCUUAUUGGAGCCACCACCAACCUCUCGUCAGGUUUCCAUCCUCAGACCAAUGGCCAGACAGAACAGGCCAACCAGGACCUUGAGAGGGUCCUUCGGUGCCUGGCUUCCCAGAAUCCCACGUCCUGGAGUCAGCAUCUGGCAUGGGCUGAUGCCCAGGUCAAGCGGCUGGCAGACCGUCGAAGGGUUGAGGCCCCCCACUACAGGAGGGGACAGAGGGUUUGGCUCUCCACUAAGGACCUACCUCUCCGAGUGGACUCACGUAAGCUGGCUCCUCGCUUCAUUGGCCCCUAUGUCAUUGAACGGGUCUUUGGUCGAUCUGCAGUCCGGUUGCACCUGCCCCUCUCACUUCGCCGAGUCCAUCCCACCUUCCACGUGUCCCGGAUAAAACCUGUCUGCCACAGUCCUCUGUCUCCCCCGGCUGUGUCCCCUCCUCCCCCCCGACUCAUCGAUGGGGGCCCUGUCUACACUGUGGAGAAGCUGAUGGAUGUUCGUCGACGCGGGCGUGGUCUCCAGUUUUUGGUCGACUGGAAGGGGGUAUGGUCCGGAGGAGCGGAUGUGGGUUCCAGCCCGCCACAUUGUGGAUAA